AUAUUUCGUUAGCAUAGCAACUGUAUGUAAUGGCGGCUUGUUGAUGUUGAGAAGACACAACCAUUUGCGCGUUUAAGAAAAUGUCUGAAUCCGGAAGCCAGGAAGAAAAAAGAUAUACCCCAUCUAUUUACGUUGAACAGACGUUGGCAAUCAUAAAGCCGGAUGCCAUUGAUAAGGCGGAUGAGAUCGAAGAAAUAAUAUUGAAGCAUGGAUUUUCUAUUUUGCGGAAAAGGAGAAUGCAUUUGACACCGGAGCAGACAAGUGAAUUUUAUGCUGAGCAUUAUGGGAAGAUGUUUUUUCCAAGCUUAAUUGCUUUUAUGAGCAGCGGUCCAAUUUUGGCAAUGAUCCUUGCUAGAGACAAUGCUGUGACUUACUGGAGACAAAUAAUUGGCCCAACGCAAACAUCAAGAGCUAGAGACGAAGCUCCAGACAGCAUAAGAGCUUUGUUUGGAACUGACAAUCAGAAAAAUGCUGUGCAUGGAAGUGAUAGUAAUACAAGUGCUGCCAGAGAAAUCCACUUCUUUUUUCCAGAUGCCGUAAUAGAGCCGUUACCUACAGGCCAGGAAGCACGGGAUUACCUGGCAAGAGCAGUCAACCCAACAUUGCAAAAAGGCCUUGCGGAGCUUUGCAAACAAAAGCCUGAUCAGCCGAUUAUAUGGUUGUCUGAUUGGCUGUCAGAAAACAACCCAAACAAACCGAAAAUUAAUGGUUCAGGCCCUGUUAUUGAAGAAGUGACCAACUGAAGCUACAUUUUGCUUCUAUCAUGCUCAACGUUGAUUUCUCUUCAAUCCAGUCCAGUCGGCUUCGUGAAAUCGAACUUUGCAAAAUUCUUGUUUUUCUGCAUCCAAAUGCCUGAACCUAUUUUGAAAUGGAAAUUAGCCCUUCGUUAUUUCAUGUUAUUACGCUUUGCUUAUUGUAAGUAAUUGUAUAAUAUUUACCUAUCCAUCCACGAUUACGUGUGUUCUUA